AUGUUGAACAUUUUAACAAUUCUGGCGCUGAGAAAGACUUUUUCUUUGCCCAAGCCUUUAAAAACACUGCUUUUGAGUUCGGCCGUUUCUGAUCUUGGAAUCGGUUUGGUUGUCCAGCCUUUGCAGAUAUCACGUCUUGUCAUGGAGUUGCAAGCAGACACUGACAGCAACUCGUACUAUAAUAUUUGGAAUGCAAUACACAAAACAGGCGUUGUUUUCUUUUAUGCUUCUUUCCUUGGUGUUUCAGCCCUUACUGUGGACCGAUUCUUGGCGAUUCAUCUUCAUCUCAGAUACAAUGAACUUGUGACCCACAGGCGUGUCGUUUUUCUUGCGAUCCUGAUUUGGCUUUUCAGUGCUUUUACUUCGAUGGCUAGUGUCUGGAUUCCAAAAACUGUAAGAGUCUUCUUUGCUGUAGGUAUUGUUGCUGUUUGCUCCAUAGGUACAGUAUCUUUUUAUUACAAGAUUUGGUUAGUGGCGCGACGCCACAAAACUCUAAUCCAAACACUUCAAGCCGCACACGGCAUCUCUCAACGUGGUAGAACAUCUGAUUCACAUUUCUUGAACUCUUCUUUGAAGGCUGCGCGAGUUUCAUUUUUGGUGAACCUAAUUUUUGUGGCUUGUUAUUUACCAAAUACCCUUGCAAUUGCUACGGCUGCAAAAGGUAGCAAUGAACAUUCCGGGGUGUUAGAACAUUUGCCUCUCUAUACUUUGACAUUGUUGUUUCUCAAUUCUUCCCUCAAUCCUCUGAUUUACUGUUGGAAGAUGAGACAUAUUCGAUACGCCAUCAAAAGUAUUCUUCGGGAAAUUUUGAAAUUCUUAAAUAACAAAAAUUAAUGGAUAAAGAUCAACCAAAAUAAUUAAUAACAAUGUUAAUACCUGUACACACCGGUUCCGUUUUUAGGCGGGAAGGCCAAAUGAAAGAUAUAUAGCCCCACGUAAGGUAAUCCAAGACAGUCUGAGAGACUCUGAAACCUUAAACUCAUUAAUAAUUCGUAAAGAAAAUACAAAUGACAUUAAUGUUUAAUGAGUGUUUGGAAAUAAAAUGAAAAACUGCUCAUUUUUGCAUCAGGCAGACGAUUGCAAAAUCAUUCAGUCACUGGCUUGAAGGCAAAUUAAACAUUUAAGAAUGGUUAAUGAAGCCACGUAGAUUAGCUGCAGCUAAAAUCGAAAAUUAACAUCCAGCUUGAUAUAACCCCGCACCACAUGCAAUUUACGACUAGUUACGCCACAGGUACCCCAAGCUCCGGAGUGAGAAUCGUUUUUGCGUAACAGAAAUCAGAAAUAUUAUAAAGGUUGGUAAGGGGAUUUUAGCGAUAGUUAGUCAGGGUACUAAAAUAAAAAAUAAAAAUACAUCAAAACUUCUUACCUUGCCUGCUUGUUUUAUUCAUGGCAUGUUCCUAGCAUUUCUGGCCCAGUCAGCGCGAUUCUGGCGAGUUUUAGUUCUGCCGUUGUUCACCUAAUCUCUCUAUGCGAUGCUAAGACCAUACCAUGAAUAAAACAGGGAGGAGAGGCAAGAAUUUUUGGUGAAUUUUCAUUUCUAUUUUAGUGGCCUUAAUAACGAUCGCUAAAAUCCCCAUACAAACCCACAUAAUAGUUCUGUUACGUAACAACGAUUUUCCUUCUUGAGCUUCGGGGUCUGUGAUUAUUUGCUACUUCGUCCGUUUCACAUUAAUCCUACAAAACCCUCUAAUAUCAAAAUUAAAAUCCUCAUCCGGUGCACCUGUACACUUUCUGUUUAAGUAGUGGGAGCAGUUUUGAAGUAUCAGCGCGUUAUAACCCCUGAGGGAGGGGGGGGGGGGGGGGAGGGGGGGGGGUUUUUAAAAAUUAUUGGGAGAUCCCCCCUCGGGGGUUUUUACAAACAUAAAUUAAAACCUUUAUUAUUUUUUUAAACAAAAUUUGCAUAAAAGGCAUUAAUGAUUAUAAAGGAAAAAGGGUAGGUGGGGUGUUUUCUUUUUAAAGAUAAACAUUAACAAACCUAUAAAUCAUAAAAGAAAACGACAAAUUCCCCUCCAGGUUUUGUUUUCUGUUGUAGUUGGGGUGGUUGGGGGUGGGGGGAGGAUGAGGGGGGGUGGUGGGGGUGGGGGGGGGGGGGUGGGGGGGGGGGGGAAGAGGCGGGUACUUUAAGACAUAUAUGGCAGUACCCCGACUGGGGUUAUAUCAUACGUAUAAUCAUACCCUUAAUUAAUUCUUUACACCAAUCUGCUUUAUAAGCAUUGAUCAGUUGAAAGGAGAAAUGUGAUGAUGAGGUGUUCUACCUUUGACAAGCAGAAGGACGAGAAAAAUGUCAUAGAAAACGUUCAUAUCAAAUUUAACCUUAAGUCAGCAAACAAGUUAUUGUAGCGUGGUAUGACAUAUCGCUUCUUUAAGAGCUUAUUACAUGGAAAUUGCUGAAUGUGACAAAUAACGCAUUUACACAAACGAUACAUUAACCCACGAAUUAUUUGCUGCAUUAUGAUAAGUGUGACCUGGCAAAAAACAGGCGUGGAGCCGGAGGGUGUAACUUAAUACUGCAGAUUAGAGGCGUCAGUUGAAUUAGUUUAAUUUUUGCUCUGGAUUUAACCCUUCUUUUUUCUAGCAUGAUAAAGCAUGUUUCAAGUACAAACAUUUCUGUUAUCUUAACAAAAGCUGAAUUGUUGCAAUCUAAGUUCGCAUCAUUUGAUUCACUCAUCCUUCAUUAGUCUAGAUCACGAGACAUACGACGGUUGAGUUUUUUCCUUAUUAUUACAUUGCACAUCUUUACUACUUAUAAUUACAGGCAUCAGAUGAUUAGACCGCGCACAUUAUCAAAACAUGGCGCCUUUUGCCUUGAGGCUGGCGCUCCCUAGAGAGAUAAAUCUUCAUUUUCUUUUAAACGAGUAUGGUGAUCUAUCAUUUUGUAAAUUUCUCUUUUUUUUCUAAUAUUCUUUCUCUAGAAUAAAUGUACACUUCAAGCAAGACUGUGGAGACUAUGAAGUCUAACUAAUCUUCUUGUUUAUUCGUUUUUCUGAGGUUUCUAAAAAGGGCUUUAACUUUGAAUUCUGCUAACAGAAGCCAUGCCACUAAACGAAAUGUUUAAAACGACGGAUGUUUAUUGGAGAUGCGCUUUUAAUAUUAAUUGCCUUGACGUUGAGGGGUUUUAAAACCUUUUAAUGUCCAAAUUUACCCCAGUUCGCAACAUGUUUCAAAACGUCAGCUAAGUAAGAAGGAAAGAGUAAGAAAGAGGCGUUCGUGGAGGGAGAGAAUCCUUCAUCCGACGUCUUCCUCAUAAACGUAAACUCAUUCAAGAGCACGCCUUCCUGACACCGCUGCCGUUCUCUUGGAAAGAGGAAAUUAUAAUACACAAUGAAAGAGGCAGCAGAUUUCUCUCCCGGCCUCAUCAUAAACGUCGUAGUCAAUUCCGUCUCAUGUUACACAACAAUCAUGUUGAACAUUGUCUUAAUAUUCGCGCUGCGAAGGUCUUCAUCACUGCCAAAGCCUCUGAAAGCAUUGAUCCUUAGCGUGGCUGUUUCUGAUCUUGGUAUUGGAUUAGUUGUCCAGCCUUUGUACAUCGCUCGCAUGAUUAUGCAAAUACAACAAACUGACGACCACGAAACUUCUAAAGAUAUAGAUAGAGUUCUGCACCUCAUAGGACGCACCCUUGGUUAUGCUUCAUUCUUCGGUGUCACAGCUAUCAGCGUUGACAGAUUCCUUGCUAUCCACCUUCACCUCAAACACCAGGAACUUCUCACCUACCAAGAAUUUGUGACUUACAAGCGCGUUGUAGCUGCAGUGAUCUUAAGCUGGCUUCUCAGUGCUUUCCUGGCUCUAACCGGUGUUCUGAACGGUGGAUAUGUUUGCAACCUUGCAGCGGUGACUGUGGGAUUGGUUUGUCUCUUUACCAUGGGUCUAAUCUAUUUCAAGAUGUACAUAGCCGUACGUCGCCACACCGUUCAAGUUCAUGCACAGCCAGCCCAAGCAGUGGCACCGAACGAAGAAAACCGAUCAAAUUUUGAAAGAGUGAGAAAAACAGCAGUUGGUACCUUUUACGUCUAUCUGUUGUUUUUGGCCUGCCAUUUGCCAAUCGCUAUUGUGAUCUUGGAGACACGGAGAAAUGAGGUCGGGGAACAUAUGUUAAUUUACACUCACACGCUGCUAUAUUUGAGUUCAUCCCUCGUUCCUCUGGUCUACUGCUGGAGGUUUAGACACAUCCGAUGCGCUAUCAAGAACAUUCUGCGCAACAUAUUCGCAAGUCAGAAUCAGAUUCAAGAAGGUUAA